UGACCAUUCAUUUACUCUCUCCAACAAGACCUGCUCAGAUCAGCUCAGCUCAGCUCAGCUCAGAUCGACUCCCCUCUGCUUGAUAAUCCACUCUGCUACUGCUUCCUCGGUUGCGGCCAACGAAAGAACUUCCAGAGAAUCAAGGGGGGCGAAAAUGGCUUUGCCUUCACCUUUCAGUACGAGCGGAAGGGGAGAAGUCAUGCCACAGGUCCUUUGAAAUCCUGGGUUCUGCUCAAUUUUAGGGUUCUUGAAUGAAAUGGGCAUCGCCAGAGUGGAGCCUCUCGCCUCUCUGCAGCUGCUUUUUCUGCUUUACGCCUGCAUAUCGUCUAAUGCGGUUGUUUGUGAGACAAUUCAUGGACGAGCGCUGGCUUCUGCUGGGGAUAAUCGCAGUAGAGGUGUGACGAAAUGCCCUACUGGUUGGGAACUUGGUCCAAAUAGAAUGAAGUGCUUCUUCUACUUUGGGAACUCGCUCUCAUGGAACGAAUCUGAGGCAAACUGCAGAAAUCAUGGGGCGCACUUAGCGGUAGUGAAUUCAUAUAAUGAAUUAAACUUCACACGGUAUCUUUGCAAUGGCACUUACGGUAGCUGUUGGGUUGGAGGACGGCUUACCAAUACGACCAGUGGUUUUGCUUGGAAGUGGUCUGACAAUUCAUCACAUUGGAAUAAAUCCGUCUUCCCUGAGGCAUCUGUAGAAUCCAAUUGCACCAAUCUGCCAUGUCAGCUCAAUAGCUCCAUUAAUUCCUGUACACUGUUGACUAGUGAAUCCAUGGCUCUUGUUGUGGAAGAAUGUCAAAGGUCACACUCUUUCAUUUGCAUGGUUGAAAUAGAGAGCAGGUGCUACCAUAUGCGCUGUCACCAGGAGUACCUCAUCAUUCUUGCAGUUGUUAGUGGGGUUAUCUUUUUCACCAUGUUAGCUGUUGUCCUUUGGCUUCUCCUCUACAAGCGGAGCAAGAAACGGCGACGAUCCCGUAAAAUUUCCAACCCAGCAGCCUCCGCUUUGGUUCCGCCCUCGUGGAAAGUCUUCACUAAGGAGGAACUAAGGUCAAUAACAAAGAAUUUUAGUGAAGGAAAUCGACUUCUUGGAGAUGCCAAGACAGGUGGGACCUACAGUGGAGCUCUAGCUGAUGGUGCAAAGGUUGCAGUAAAGCGGUUAAAGAGGUCUAGUUUCCAGAGGAAGAAGGAAUUUUAUUCUGAAAUUGGAAGGGUUGCUAGGCUCCACCACCCAAAUCUUGUGGCAAUUAAAGGGUGUUGCUAUGAUCACGGUGACCGUUACAUAGUCUACGAGUUUAUAGCUAAUGGGCCUCUUGACAGAUGGCUUCACCACAUACCAAGAGGGGGGCGGAGUUUAGAUUGGGCCAUGAGAAUGAAAAUUGCCACAACUCUUGCUCAAGGCAUCGCAUUUCUGCAUGACAAAGUAAAGCCACAUGUUGUGCACCGGGACAUCCGUGCAAGUAAUGUGCUUCUUGACGAGGACCUCGGAGCUCAUCUCAUGGGGGUUGGCCUUUCGAAGUUUGUGCCAUGGGAAGCCAUGCAAGAGCGGACAAUUAUGGCAGGCGGCACAUAUGGAUACCUUGCUCCUGAGUUUGUCUACAGGAAUGAGAUAACGACAAAGAGUGAUGUGUACAGCUUCGGGGUGCUGCUUCUGGAGAUAGUCAGCGGGCGAAGGCCUGCCCAGGCAGUCGACUCGGUGGGCUAUCAGAGCAUAUUCGAGUGGGCCACACCUUUGGUACAAGCGCAUCGGUAUCCUGAUCUCUUAGAUCCCCUGAUAUCCUUCUCGUCCUCCUCUUCUCCAUCAGAUAUCCCCGAAGCUGGAGUGAUACAGAAGGUCGUCGACCUCGUUUAUGCCUGCACUCAGCACGUGCCUUCCAUGAGGCCACGGAUGUCCCACGUUGUUCAUCAACUGCAACAGUUGGCUCCACCUACUGUUAUUGGUAAGUGAGUCAAAUAAAACAUUACGGAUAGUGAUGUCUGUUACUUGAAUAGAACUAGUGCCUGGGGGUAAGGUAAAGAGUAUUUGAGAAGACUGCCUCUCCCUCGUCCCUUUGCAGGCUAACUAUCAAAAAGCUUAAAACUUUAGGUAAGCUUUCAGUAGAUUCAUGACGGAGACGUUAGCUCAGUUUUUUAAGAACCAGGAUAUUAGAUUUUCACUGUGUAGGUAGAGCUAUGUAUGUAAGAUUCACAUGAUGUUUGUUGAGCUAUAUGUUGUGAAAUAUCCUGACUUCUGAUAUGAAGUCCUGGACGAUUUUUUGCAAUCAUCCUAAAAUUUAUGUAGGGAUGUUGAAGAGUUUUCAUGAGUAA